CAAUGCUACAGUCGGCCACCAGGGGCAGCAGCGCUCUUGCGGCUCCGCCUCUGCUCUGGGAGACAGGAAGGGGCCGGUUGGGAAAAGCACCUCAUCCUUCUGCCAUUUCUUUCUUUCUUUCUGGCGGAGUUUCUUCCCUCUUGCCUGCUAAGCUGGGCGGUGGGAGGCUUCCUUGCUCCUGGGUGAGUCGGAGGUAGGAGAUGGAGGGGAUGGGGAGCCUUGGCUACAUGCUUUGGGACCCUGGGAGUUGUAGCUGGCCCUCUUUGACAGGGCCUCGUGAAACUAUGGCUCCCAAGGUCCCCUCUCUGGAGUCAGGGCGCUGCAAGCAAAGCCAAAAUAACCUUCAUGUUGGAAAAAUGUUGGCUUCCUGUUAAGCAGUGGUUCUCAACCUGUGAGUCCCCAGAUGUUUUGGCCUACAACUCCCAGAAAUCCCAGCCAGUUUACCAGCUGUUAGGAUUUCUGGGAGUUGAAGGCCAAAAACAUCAGGGGACCCCAAGUUGACAACCAGUAUCCUGCAUGCUUUUACUACUGUGUAGGUUUAUAUCAUCUUUCCAUGCUGUUCAGUCGUUUAGUCGUCUCCGAUUCUUCGUGACCUCAUGGACCAGUCCACGCCAGAGCUCUCUGUCGGCCGUCACCGCCCCCAGUUCCUUCAAGGUCAAGCCAGUCACUUCAAGGAUAACGUCCAUCCAUCUUCCCCUUGGUCGGCCUCUCUUCCUUUUUCCUUCCAUUUUCCCCAGCAUCAUGAUCUUCUCCAAGCUUUCCUGUCUCCUCAUGAUGUGGCCAAAAUACUUCAGCUUUGCCUCUAAUAGCCUUCCCUCCAGUGAGCAGCCAUUGGGCAUUAUUUCCUGGAGGAUGGACUGGUUGGAUCUUCUUGCGGUCCAAGGCACUCUCAGGAUUUUCCUCCAGCACCAGAGUUCAAAAGCGUCUCUCUUCCUUCGCUCAGCCUUCCUCAUGGUCCAGCUCUCGCAUCCAUAGGUUACUAUGGGGAAUACCAUUGCUUUGACUAUGCGGACCUUCGUUGCCCGUGUGAUGUCUCUGCUCUUCACUAUUUUGUCAAGGUUGGCCAUUGCUCUCCUCCGAAGAAGUAGACGUCUUCUGAUUUCCUGGCUGCAGUCUGCAUCUGCAGUGAUCUUCACGCCUAGAAAUAUAAAGUCUGUCACUGCCUCCACGUUUUCUCCCUCUAUUUGCCAGUUAUCAAUAGGUGUAGUUGCCAUGAUAUUGGUUUUCUUGACGUUUAACUGCAACCCACCUUUUGCACUUCCUUCUUUCACCUUGGUGAUAAGGCUCCUCAGCUCCUCCUCACGUUCGGCCAUCAGAGUGGUACCGUCUGCAUAUCUAAGGUUGUUAAUGUUUCUUCCAGCAAUUUUAACUCCGACCUUGGAUUCCUCAAGCCCCGCACGUCACAUGAUGUGUUCUGCAUACAAGUUGAAUAGGGAGGGUGAAAGUAUGCAGCCCUGCCGCACUCCUUUCCCAAUCUUGAACCAGUCUGUUGUUCCGUGGUCUGUUCUUACUGUGGCCACUUGGUCUUUAUACAGAUUUCUCAGGAGACAGACAAGGUGACUUGGUAUCCCCAUACCACCAAGAACAUGCCAUGUUUUAUUAUGAUCCACACAGUCGAAGGCUUUAGAAUAGUCAAUGAAGCAGAAGUAAAUGUUUUUCUGAAACUCCCUGGCUUCUUCCAUUAUCCAGCAGAUAUUGGCAAUUUGGUCUCUCGUUCCUCUGCCUUUUCUGAACCCAGCUUGGACAUCUGGCAACUCUCGCUCCAUGUAUUGUGGGAGUCUGCCUUGCAGAAUCUUGAGCAUUACUUUACUGGCAUGGGAAAUAAGUGCCACUGUACAGAAGUUUGAGCAUUCUUUAGCAUUUCCCUUUUUUGGUAUGGGGAUAUAAAUUGAUUUUUUCCAAUCUGAUGGCCAAUCUUGUGUUUUCCAUAUUUGCUGACAUAUGGCAUGCAUCACCUUGACGCCAUCACCCUUCAAGAUUUUAAACAAUUCAGCUGGGAUCCCAUCGUUUCCUGCUGCCUUGUUGUUAGCAAUGCUUCUUAAGGCCCAUUCAACCUCACUCCUCAGGAUGUCUGGUUCUAAUUCACUCACUACACCAUCAAAGCUAUCCUCUAUAUUAUUAUUCUUCCUAUACAGAUCUUCUGUAUAUUCUCGCCACCUUUUCUUGAUUUCUUCAGCUUCUGUUAGGCCCCUGCCAUCUUUGUUUUUGAUCAUGCCCAUUUUUGCCUGAAAUUUGCCUCCGAUGUUUCUGAUUUUCUGGAAGAGGUCUCUUGUCCUUCCUAUUCUGUUGUCUUCUUCCACAUCCAUGCAUUGCUUGUUCAAAAAUAGUUCCUUGUCUCUUCUGGCUAGCCUCUGGAAUUGUGCAUUUAAUUGGGCAUGUCUCCCCCUAUCGCUGUUUCCUUUCGCCUUCCUUCUUUCUUGGGCUACUUCCAGUGUCUCAACAGACAACCACCUUGCCUUCUUGGUUUUCUUUUUCUUUGGGACGUACUUUGUUGCUGCCUCCUGAACAGUGUUGUGGUCUUCUGUCCAUAGUUCUUCUGGGACUCUUAUUUAUUAAGUCUAGUCCCUGAAAUCUAUUCUUCACCUCUGCUGCAUAUUCACUGGGAAUAUUUGUGAGAUCAUAUCUAAUUGGUCUGUGUAUUUUCCCCAUUCUCUUUAGUCUGAUUCUAAAUUUUGUAAUAAGAAGUUCGUGAUCUGAACUACAGUCAGCUCCAGGUCUUGUUUUCACCGACUGGAUGGAUGUCCGCAAAGGAUGUAGUCAAUCUGAUUUCGGUGUUGACCAUCUGGUGAAGUCCAUGUGUAAAGCCGUCUUUUAGGUUGUUGGAAGAGAGUGUUUGUUAUGCACAUUGAGUUUUCCUGGCAAAAUUCUAUCAGCCUACGUCCUGCUUCAUUUUGUUGUCCCAGACCAUGCUUGCCUGUGAUCCCGGUUAUCAUUUGACUGCCCACCUUAGCAUUCCAAUCUCCUGUAAUGAGAAUAAUGUCUCUUUUUGGUGUGUUGUCCACUAAGUGCUGCAGAUCCUCGUAGGACUUAUCUAAUUCUGCUUCUUCAGCAGCUGUGGUUGGGGCGUAUAUUUGGAUCACUGUGAUGUUAAAUAGCUUGCCUUGAACUUGAAUUGAGAUCAUUCUAUCAUUUUUUGGGUUGUAUCCAAUCACUGCUUUCGCAACUUUAUUAUUAACUAUGAAGGCUACUCCAUUUCUUCGGUGUUCUGCUUGUCAGCAGUAGUAGAUCUGGUGGUCAUCUUUUGUGAAGUGGCCCAUUCCAGUCCAUUUCAGUUCACUGACUCCCAGAAUGUCUAUCUUUAAUCUUGACAUCUCACCAAUAACCAUGUCCGGUUUGCCCUGGCUCAUAGAUCUUACAUUCCAGGUUCCUAUAGUGUGUUGAUCUCUAGAACAUCGGAUUCGUCCUUCACCUCCAGCACCGUCGGCCGUUAGCCUUCCUUUCGGCUUUGAGCUAACUGCGUCAUCACAUCUGGGGCUACUUUGACUAGUCCUCUGCUCCUCCCCAGUAACAUUUUGACCAUCUUCCGACCUGGAGGUCCUAUCUUCCGAUGGUAUACCGACAUUUCUCUGGUUGUACUGAUCCAUGUAGUUUUCAUGGCAAGAAUACUGGGGUGGAUUGCCAUUACCUUCCCCAGGGAUCGUGCUUAGUCUGACCUCUCUGUCAUGACCUUCCCAUCUUGGGUGGCCCUGCACGGUAUAGCUCAUGGCUUCAUCAAGGCACUCAAGCCCCAGCACCACGUCAAGGUAACGAUCCAUCGCACAGGGAUCUCUUUCCAUAGAUUUGUGCAAAGGGUUUCAAUUUUAUGCCCUGUUUCAUUAUAUUUUAACAUUAACAUUUGUGAUGUUUGACUUCCCUCUUGUGAAUUAAUGUUUCUAGACAGUAUUGGAACUCUUGGUGGCGCAGCGAGUUAAACCGCUGAGCUGCUGAACUUGCUGACCAAAAGGUCGGCGGUUUGAAUCCAGGGGGUGGGGUUAGUUUCCACUAUUAGCCCCAGCUUCUGCCAGUCUAGCAAUUCGAAAACAUGCAAAUUUGAAUAGAUCAAUAGGUACCGCUCUGGCGGGAAGGUAAUUGUGCUCUAUGCAGUCAUGCCGGGCACAAGACCAUAGAGGUGUCUACGGGCAACGCCAGUUCUUCAGCUUAGAAAUGGAAAUGAGCACCAAUUCCCAGAGUCGGACACAAAUAGACUUAAUGUCAGGGGAAAACCUUUACCUAUACAGUGUUAGCUUAGAUACAUGUCCGGUUAGGUCUUUUGUGAUGAAUAACCUGGUAGCUUCAAAGCCUGGCUGUUUCCUGCCUGAGGGAAUCUGGGAGAUGUUAACUCCCGGAUGGAGAUAAAAUAUAAUUAUAAACUGCUAUAAAUCCUGGGCCUCUUUUGCAGACCAAUUCAAAGCUAUUCCAAACAGGAAAAUUUUCAUAUUUUUCCUAAUAGACAUGAGGGUGGGGGCUGCUCUAAUAAUAAUCCACUAUAAUUACCCCCAUACCCAAACCUACCAGUCUUUAAUGUUGGUCAGAGGUGUUUGUGUGUGUGUGUGUGUUCCCUGUUCAGGUCAGGAAUAUGUCUCCAUGCUGCUGGAAACACCUGUGCUGAAUUGUUCCAUUGGGCAAGGAAAGAACGGCAGCCCUUUGCUCCUGCCCAUUCAAAGCAAGGUCGGUCGACUCUUUCGUUCAAGGUAUUUCCCUGGAAGCAAUGCUCUUGACUCUUCAUCCAAGAACAAAAGUUUGGCUUGAAGAGAGGAAGAGGAUGGAGGAGCUGAAUCCCGCAAGUCUGCAGCAGGAACAAAGAGCAGCAAGAGAAGGAGGGAAAGCCGGAAGCAUGGUUCAUUCUGAACACGUGACCGAGGGGCCAACAUGGAAAACGCUGGAAGAAGGCAAGGACCUUCCAGGUCAAAGGAUGGAGCAGUGCUGGGAAGCCCAAUGGCAGGAGUUCCUGGAAACCCUCCAGUCGCCUUCCUGGGCAUGGGGAAGCCUUCCGCCGGCAGAGGAAACGCCGUGGGACGAGGCCAAGGCCUUCCUGGCCUCCUUCGAGCAAGUGGCCAAAGCCUGUCGGUGGCCAAAGGAAGAGUGGGCGGCCCGGCUGCUGCCUGCCUUGAGCGGAGAUGCAGAGCAGGCCUUUCGGAGCCUGGAAGCCGGAGACAGGGAGGAUUAUGGGAAAGUGAAGGCGGCCAUCUUGAGAGCAGAGGCCCUGAGAGCGGAGCAGCAGCGCCAGCAUUUUCGGCAGUUCUGCUGCCAAGAGGUCGGGGAUCUGCGAAGUGUUUACAGCCAAGUUCAGGAGCUUUGCAGUCGGUGGCUGAAGCCAGAGAGACGCAGCAAGGAGCAGAUCCUGGAGCUGCUGGUCUUGGAGCAAUUCCUGGCCAGUCUUCCCCAAGACCUGCAAGGAUGGAUCCGAGGCGGAGGGCCGGAGACCUGUUCCCAGGCUGUGGCCCUGGCAGAGGACUUCCUCCUCAAGAGACAGCAAGAGGCCGGUUCCGCCAGGUGCCAGGGACUGUCGCAGGAUGUGUGUGUUGGUUCCCUGGAGGCGAAAGGGAAAACACCAGAUUCUGCUCACAGACAGAUCUAUGAAGAAGCCAAGCCAGUGAAAGAUACUGAGAUCCCUUUGCUAGGUGGUGGAAUCAAAGGCCCAAGUCCUUGCAUUUCAGUGUUUCCUCCUGAAGUAAGACAGAAGCUGGGCUGGAUGAGGUGAGCUGGAGGCAGCUUUGCUUCAAGUGGAGACGUCUCAGCAUGUAGGGGAUGAGCUGAAGGAGAGGCCCGGGGCAGUGCCACUCCCAAAUCAAAGAGAUGGACUGUUGACAGCAGAGACAUCUGGACAAAGAAGUGAUGAAAAGGGAUGUUGGAAGGAGAUGAAGGUAUCUCAGCAGGUAGAGUCUUCACCAGCAGAAGCAUCUCAGAGGAGUUUGACUAUGGCAUCCAACAUGCCAAGAUCCCAGCUCAGAGGUCAGGAGUUGAAGAUGUUAGUGGAGACAGAGAGGAAACACACCAAAAGCCUUAUAGGUGCUGAUAACAAGGCCUCCACAGACGUAGGGAAGCCCUUGUUCUCCACAUAUGGGAGAAAAUACCAUAGUGUGUCAGAUGAGUUUGUUGAUCUGAACCCAAGAAAGAAAGAUGCUGAAUGUCCUGAAGAUGGAGAAACAAGCAAGAGCCACGGACAGUCAUUACAGAGAAACCAAAAUAUUCCUACAGGAAGGAAAAUGCAUAAAUGUGUUACUUGUGAGAUGGACUUCAAAUGUAGAGCGCACCUGGCAUGCCACGAACAGAGUCACACUGGAGAAAAGCCAUAGCAAUGUUCUCAGUGCGAGAAAUGCUUCAGCUGGAAAAAUAAGCUGGUAAGACACCAGCUAAGCCAUACUGGGAUGAAACCCUAUAAGUGCUCUCAGUGUGGCAAGUGUUUCACUCAGAGAUCUACUUUGAAGGACCAUCAAAGAAUUCAUACUGGAGAGAAACCCCAUGAAUGCUCUCAGUGUGGUAAGUGUUUCACUCUUAGAUCUACCUUGAACGUGCAUCAAAGAAUUCAUACUGGAGAGAAACCCUAUAAGUGUUCUCAGUGUGGCAAGUGUUUCACUGAGAGAUCUACCUUGAAGAACCAUCAAAGAAUUCAUACUGGAGAGAAACCCUAUGAAUGUUCUCAGUGUGGCACGUGUUUCACUCUGAGACAUAACUUGAAGGACCAUCAAAGAAUUCAUACUGGAGAGAAACCCUAUAAGUGCUCUCAGUGUGGCAAGUGUUUCACUCAGAGAUCUACCUUGAAGGACCAUCAAAGAAUUCAUACUGGAGAGAAAUCCUAUAAAUGUUCACAAUGUGGCAAGAGCUUUACUAUGAAAAAGACCUUGAAGUACCAUCAAAGAAUUCAUAUUGGAGAGACAUGAAUGACCUCUAUUUGGGAAAUGCUUCACAUUUAAUUGUCUACCAGAUAAUCCAUACUGGAAAGAAACCCUAUUGUGCCCUGAAUGCGGAAAAGGCUUCUCUUGGCAAUAACUCAUAGGUCCUUCAUAAGGUCUCUGUCUUCUGUGCAUUGUGAAAU